AUGUGUGUGGAUUUCCCACAUUUGCUCAAGUUCUCCCGCAUACAUUACCAUGAAUCCUACUGGUUGCGAGCUCGCAUCUCGCAGUUGGCAGUAUCAUCAUCAUCAUCGCUUCAUCAAACCCUUCAGACCGUAACUCACGACCCAACGUAUAUGCCCAUACGUGGUCAUUCGAUGCAGAACAUGCCGUGCUCGCAAUCACGCCAGACGUUAGAACUGACUCCUGAGGUGUUGGCCGCUAUCAUUUCCAGAAUCACGGAAAUUGAGAGCGUACUGCAACGCGACCCCGUGGACUGGGCUGAAGAAGCCGAAACCCCUCAGGAAGACGAGGGUAGGGACACGGCUGAGCUUUUCGACCAAGAGGACGAGGACGAGGACGAGGACGAGGACGAGGAGGCAACCGAGAUAGGUGACUCUGACUCUGGAGAAGAUUCAAUUGGAAUAAUGGAAUCCGAAGGAGGAGGAGGAGGAGGAGGAGCCCCCCCCGAGGAAACCAACCCGCAACGCACGCACCAGCUAGCAGAGCCCACGCAGGAAUUCCAUUCGCGGCAGCAGAUCGUUGACGGAGUGGAUGGCGAGAAGGUGCAUCAUUUCAACUGGUUUGGCAAGCCUGUUUACAGAAAUAGCUCGACGCCUCCGGAGGUCUCGCUCUGGUUCAUCCUGGCCAAGCCCAAGGCUCCCCAGGGCCGAGACAAAUUGCGGGUGAAGUCUGUGUUGAAAAGAGCCAGGGUCUGGGUGGACCCGGUUCUUGUUUCCCUUGAGCGCGGAGCCCGGGACUUGCAUCGCGGGUCUGCUUACGAUCUGAUCCGCUUUGCGGAGAAACGAACCUUCAAGUUCUACACACCACAUGGGACGUGGCAGCUGGACCGGGAUGCACUUCAGGGUGGCGCCCUUUUGGAUCAGGGGACAGCCAAAAUCUACCACGACGAUAAGUGGGGUGCUGGCGGUGGAUUCAUGCGUUCGCGAAAUAUUCGGCCGGCGAGUGACUGGUACAGAGAAAGAAGCAGGAUUUACGGUGGUGCUCCCAGACGUUCCUUUCGCCUUGCGGUGUUGGGGGCUCGGCGGCGCAAGGAGCAUGGAUAUGGGCGUAGGCAGUCUGCACUCCGACUAUCUAUGACUGCCGAGGAUCUGUAGGGGCAUUGAAGGCAUUGCUAUACAGAUGAGGAAGCUCGGGUCCCCGGUCUAUUCACAGUGCAUUAGGGGCUCGGGCUUCCUUUUGCUUAAAUCUAGCCUUGGAGAUUGAUCCGACUAAUUGAAC